AACGAGCUAGACCAAGCCAACCUGUGCAUUGCUGCCGUUAUCUAUGCUUGUCCCUCAUCCCGCGCCAGUUAUUCUGAUAGCAGUUAAGAUAACUGCCCAAAGGUCAGAAUUCAUCACUGUUGAAUUCCAAUGUUAACAGCAUUUGCCUCCCACACCCCAACUCCUCCUUCACACCCAUCCUCUCUCCAUCCACCCUUAACCCCCCAAAAUGUCCCCAACAACCCCUUCUUCACACCCACCAACCGCCGCCACAUCCUUGCUUCCCUUGCCAUCACCCCCUUCUUAUCCAUACCCUCAGCCGAAGCUCGCGGUCUCUUCCAAAUGCCCCCUCCUCGACUCAGCAAUCGGUACUUUCUUGUUAGAGCUGGGGAGUCUGAAUUUGAGAGCUUGGGGAUCAUUAACACAAACCCAGUUGCCAAGACUUCCAUGGAUAGUGGGUUAUCUGAGAAAGGGAAGAAGCAGACUAUCAGAGCUGCUCUUCAAUUGAAGACAUUGGGGGCUUGCGAACUGAAUUGUUGGGUUUGGCCUUCCAUUACCCAGAGAGCUUAUCAGGCUGCUGAGAUUAUUGCUGCUGUCAAUGGUGUCAAUCGCAGUCAAAUAGUCCCCGAGUACAGUUUUUUGGAUGCUCGUGGUUUGGGAGCUUAUGAAGGCAAGAACUUGGAAUCUGUCUCUGAAGUAUAUGCAUCAGAUAGUCUUUCUCAAAAUAUUAAGCCACCCCCUAUUAAUGACGGAACACCAAAUGAGAGCGUGGCAGAUGUGUUUGUUCGUGUUACUCAACUCAUGUCAAUUCUUGAAACCCAGUACUCUGAGGACACUGUCAUUAUUGUCUCACCCGAUUCUGACAAUUUAACAAUCCUACAAGCUGGUUUACUUGGACUUGAUCUCCGAAGGCAUAGGGAUCUCUCUUUUGGUCCCGGUGAAGUCAGAUUUGUUGACACUAGUAGCAUUCCUACUUACAAGCAGCCUGCAUCGGCUUUAUACAAGUGUUUAAAUCCUCCAAGCUGUAAUUGAAACCAUUUACUUGGAACUUUAUGCUUUUUGGUACGUGAGCACAAUUGGGAUUCAGGGCAGCUAAAUUGUAUCUAUUUGUCCAUAUAAAUUUAUUUUGAUUUUUAUGGAAGUCACAGAUCAUAUAGUUGAUUCUAGUAGCUAAGCUACAAAAGUUCAAAACUAGUCACAGAAUCUUUCAGAUUUCACAUACUUGACACAACCAAGACCUAAAUAAAGAUUUGGGUCAUGCGCAUCCUGAUUAUGUGACAUUGUCCAUCGUGGUUGGCACAUUUACAUUUAUGGGAUCAAACUCUUAUCACUAUUUGAUGAUCAGUUGGUCAGCACAACAGGCUCCAGAACAAGCUCAUUGGAACAUUUGGCUGUACAUGGUUGUCUGUUAUGUUGCAACAUCAAUCUUAAGGUUUAUCAUGUUUAAGAACAUGUAGAGGUAUCACCACUUUCUUCAAUAUUUUCCUGUACAAACUUUAGCUUUCUUUUUAUUCUUUACUUAUUCUUCUUUGGGGAUUUUGUCAAUCCUCAAUUUAGGCUUAGUUUGUAGCUUCUGUCUAUUAUCAUAAACUUAACUAUCAACCAUUUGUCAAGUGGUUUUAUUGGGCA